GCUGUCUGGGGUGACUGGCGGUCGGAACCAGUUCCCGCUGCCAGGGGCCGAACGCACGGCCGGUGACGCGUGUUUACAAGGCCCAGGUGCGGGGAGCACGCGACCUGCGGUGUUUCAGAAUCGUCCGCAAUGGAAGUGGUUAAGGACAUCACGGAGACGGCGGCCGUGGAACUGGGGGACCUGCUGGACGCCGGGGACGACGCCGUGGUGAUACUCGAGGCAGGCGACACGCGGCUGUUGGCGCACAGGGCCGUCCUGGCGGACAGGAGCCCUGUGUUCGCCGCCAUGUUCGCCCACGACACCCUCGAGGCCAGCAGCGGCGCGGUGAGCAUCCCGGACGUGGGGGGCCCGGUGCUGAGGCAGCUGGUCUCCUACCUGUACACCCUGCGGGCCCCCCAGCUGCCCGGCGCGGCCCCCCAGCUGCUGGCUGCAGCGGAUAAGUACGGGGCGUCGGGGCUGAAGGCGGAGUGCGAGCGGCAGGUGGCCGCUCAGCUGACCGUCGAGACCGCGGCGGCCGCGGCCGUCCUCGCAGUCCGCCACUCCUGCAGUGACCUCAAGCACGCUGCACUGGCGUUCAUUAAGACCUGUGCGUUCGAGGUGAUGGCCACUCAGGGGUGGGCAGAUGCGAUGCUUCAUCAACCAAAAGACUUGAUCGAAGUGAGCCGGUUGCUGUAUGAUCCACCACCAAAAAGCAGCACACCAGCCGUCACCGCCACUACCGCCACUGCCACCACCAUCACUGACGCCACCACCACCACCGCCACCACCACCACUGCCAACGCACCCCGCCAGACACCUGCUGCAGCUGCACUUCCCACAUCUCCUCCACCUGGAGAAGCCACUGUCUCUCGCAUGCGGAGCCUCUCUGCAGAGGAGAGGGGCAGGAGGCUGGUCCAGGCGGCUCAGCAGGGGGCAGUGGGGGAGCUGAGGGCGCUGAUCGCCGCAGGGGCCGACGUGGGGGCGAGGGGCGGGCUGUGGGGGUUCACCGCCCUGCACUGGGCAGCGUGGAGGGGAGCCAACGGCCACACACAAGUGGCGGCUGGGCUGCUGGUCGCGGGGGCCGACAGGGGGGCCACAACUGGUGAUGGGGAGACAGCGCUGGACCUCGCCAGGCGGUACAGCCAGUGGAGGCUGGUGGAGAUGCUGUCAUGA